AUGGCUUUGCCUCUCCGGAUAGCAGAUCUGCCAAAGAAACCUCCUCCUGGACCAUCUGCAGCUGACCAAGAGUUUGCAGAGGAAUAUCUGCGGCAUUUCUAUGGCUACCAGCCCAAGGCAGAAAGACAGAAGAGGACCACCGACAUAAGUAAAGAUGAUGAUUCGACAACCGGAUCCUGUGAUAAGAAGACAAAGGUGCAGGAGAUGCAACGGUAUUUUGGUUUGCUUCCAAGUGGAGAGCUCACAGAAGAGACUCUAGCAGUGAUGAAGAAGCCACGCUGUGGACUGUCAGAUGUGGAGCAAGUUGGAGAAACAGUUCGCUGGAAGAAGAAGAGGAUCAGCUACAGAACAGUUAGCAAGAAACUCCCCAUCCCAGCACUGAAGGCUCAGAAAGUCUUUAGAAGAGCAUGGAAGCUUUGGUCCAACGUCACACCUCUGAAAUUUCGCAACCGGAUCAUGACCGUGGCUGACAUUGACAUCUUUUUCUAUAGUGGAGAUCAUAAUGAUAGUUCACCUUUUGAUGGCAGAGGAGGAGUCCUGGCUCACGCCUUUAUGCCUGGGCUUCAAAUUGGUGGAGAUGUCCACUUUGAUUCUGAUGAAGACUGGAGUUUUAAUUCUACCGGUAUCAACCUGUUUGCUGUGGCAAUCCAUGAAUUUGGCCAUGCGCUUGGCUUGUCCCACUCAUCUGAUCCUGGAGCUAUCAUGUACCCAGCAUAUAACUUUGACCCCAACUAUGAGCCCCAGCUCUCCUUUGAUGAUGUCAAAAACAUCCAAAAACUGUAUGGUCCAAAUGAGGAUAUCAUUGUACCUGGACCUACAGCGCCCACUACUCCUGAUGCCUGUGAUUCAACGAUGGUUUUGGAUGCUGUUGCCACACUGCGAAGAGAGAUGCUCUUCUUCAAGGACAGAUUCUUCUGGCGCAACCACCCUCAGAGCAACACACCUCAGCAAACUCUCAUCACAAAUUUCUGGCCCGAUGCCCCUGUUGACAUUGAUGCUGCUUAUGAGAGCCAACAAUCAGACCGUGUCUUACUUUUUAAAGAUCAGAAGGUGUGGGCUUUCAGCGGCUAUGAUCUUGUAAGUGGCUAUCCUAAACCAAUAUCCAGCUUUGGGCUGCCCAAAACAGUGAAGAAAGUUGAUGCGGCCCUCUAUGACGAACAAAGUGGGAAGACUCUGUUCUUUGUAGGCAGUGAAUACUACAGUUAUAAUGAGGCCACAAAGAAGAUGGAUAAGGGAUUCCCCAAACAGGUGGAUGAGACCUUCUUGGGAAUGACCUCCAAAGUGACUGCAGCUCUGCAGCAAGGAGGGUACACCUACCUCUACAGUGGACCACAAAUGUUUGAGUAUGCCAUGUGGAGCGGGAGGCUGUACCGUGUGCUGAGGAACAGCUACUUCUUGCCCUGCACCAAAUACUAGAGAAGAUUUUGAAUGCUAAAUAAGGCACAGUAAAAAAAAGAAAAAAGAGUAACUGUGUCAAUAUAUUUUUGGAUAUUUAAUUUUAUUGUUAAAAAGUUAACAGCAGCAUAUGUACUUAAUACUGUUAUUGUUAUGUUAACUUUAUUAAGCUUUACCAUAACUUUUUAUUUUGUUUU